AUGUCGGACGCUCCAGGAGAAGAUAUUUUUACAGCGGUGGCAAGAUUACAUCAUUUACGAUUAGAAACGGAAAAUGAUAAUGUUUCAACUGAUUCCCCACAUAAUAUGCAACCACCGGGUAAUAUUAUGAUAUCCCGAGCAAGACGCGCUCUUACAUUUUCGAUUGACGAGGAACAGGGACCGUUGAUUGCAUCGCGACAUGGUGAAGCAUCAUCGUCAAAUGCAGAGGAACGACCACCAAGGAACACAUCAAACGCUCAAUCAGAGGCAAGAGUACAAAAUCAUGUUCUUGAAAAUGGAAUAACACAACGUCCACCGGCAACUUACAAUUGGCAAGGGACAAAAGCAACAAUGCGCGAACGUUUUGCAUUUCUUUUUAAUAAUGAAAUUCUAUCUGAUGUUCAUUUUCUCGUUGGACGUGGCGCACAACAACAAUCAAUACCAGCUCAUAAAUUAGUAUUAUCAUCGGGUAGCGCUGUUUUUGAUGCAAUGUUUAAUGGAACAUUAGCAACGGCAUCAGUUGAAAUUGAAGUACCUGACGUUGAACCGGCAACAUUUCUUGCUGUAUUAUUAUUUCUUUAUACUGAUGAAAUACAAAUUGAUCCUGAAAAUGUAAUGACAACAUUAUAUACGGCAAAAAAAUAUGCCGUAUCACCACUUGAAAAACAUUGUGUUGAUUUUUUACGUAAUAAUUUAACAACUGAUAAUGCAUUUUUAUUAUUGGCACAAGCAAGAUUAUUUGAUGAACCACAAUUGGCGGCUGUUUGUCUUGAUACAAUUGAUAAAUCAACGAAUGAUGCAUUAAAUGCUGAUAAUUUUAUUGAUAUUGAUAUUGAAACGCUUAUUGUUGUUUUAGAAAGAGAUACACUACGUGUGAGAGAGUCGAAAAUUUUUCAAGCAGUUGUCAGAUGGUCAGAAGCAGAAUGUGUGAGGCAACAACUUCCAGUAACUCCGGAUAAUCAACGAUCAGUAUUGGGACGAGCUCUUUCACUUGUUCGUUUUCCUUUAAUGUCAAUGGAGGAAUUUGCAAGUGGUCCAGCUCAAUCUGGUCUUUUAACUGACAAGGAGGUCGUUUCGUUGUUUUUGUAUUUUAUUUUGAAUCCAAAACCUCGUGUUGGAUUCGAAGCAAUGCCCCGUUGUCGUAUGAUGGGCAAAGAACAAACUGUUUGUCGAUUUCAACAAACUGAAGUCAAAUGGGGUUAUAAAGGAAUAAGCGAUAGAAUCAGAUUUCACGUGGAUAGAAAAAUAUUUUUAGUCGGCUAUGGUGUUUAUGGAAGUUUUCAUGGUCCAGCCGAAUACGAUGUGGUUAUUGAAUUAAUUCACACGGCAUCGGGUAAAGUGAUUUCAUCAAAUUCAACGAGUUUUAGUUGUGACGGCUCAAAUUAUACUUAUCGUCUUAUGUUUAAAGAACCAAUUGAAAUUUUGCCAAAUACAGUUUACACAGCUUCUGCCAAAUUUGAUGGUCCAGAUUCACAUUAUGGUAUAAAGGGUCUACGAAAAGUAACCGUCGAUUGUGAUUCAGGUCAGAAAAAAGUGAAAUUUCAAUUUAAUUUUGAGGCGUGCGGUAAUAAUGGCACUUGCGUUGAAAGUGGACAAAUUCCCGAAUUAAUAUUCUACACAUUAUAAAAGAAAACAAAAAAAAAAAAAAGGUAUUUGAAAAUUAA